CAUGAUUGACAAAUUGAUGACAGCUUGUUUAUAUUAUGCUGGAAGAGGGAAAUAAAUUUAUUGCCACAGACUUAUUUCUUUAAACAUCUAGAAGAACGAAUAAAAUGUCUGUAAAAUGCUUGCUGUAUUUUUUGAUAACACUCACUUUAAUCUAUAAAGGUGUGUUGCUGAAUACUGACAUGACAACAUUCUACUACCAGGGAAACCUAUUUGCACUUUCAAAAUAUGAAAUAUUUUCUUCUGCAAGAUCAAAAACUAUACUGGACUGUGCUAGAUUUUGUAGCAAGUUGCCGACGUGUAGGGCUAUGAGUUACAACAAAGGCCUUUCAUAUUGCAUCGCAUACAAUGCUUCAGUGUCACAUGACCUCAUCAACAGUAGCCAAUGGAUGUUCUACAUUAGGGAAAGUGAUAUAUCCCACACAGACACUUGCUGCCCACGGGACUGGACCAAGGGGGUGGAUGAAUGUUACUGGCUAUCAGGCUUUGGGGACUCUGAUGUGAGAACACAUGCUGAAGCAACAGCACAUUGUAGGCAAAUGAAUGCCAGCAUGCUAUCCAUACAGAAUGAAGCAAAG